AUGUCAAGAGGAAGAGAUACACUUGUACUUGGUAGAGUACUUGGUAGAGUGAUAGGAGAUGUAUUGGAUCCAUUCACAAGAUCUAUUAACCUAAGAGUGGUUUACAACACUAGAGAUUUUAUCAUGACUUUAAUAUUUAUUACUCUGUCUCAAUUUAUAUUGGAAAUCGUGCAAAUGACCCGAGUUAAAAAGGUCAUAAGACUGACUAGUCAUGAAUUUUCUUAUAAAAAUCUCUUUCAUUAUAUGAUUUUGCAAUUCACUUAUUUAAUUAUUUGUUGUGUUUUAGGCAACGAAGUUGUAUCAUAUGAGAGCCCACGUCCUAAUAUGGGAAUACAUCGGUUUAUUUUUGUGCUAUUUCCUCAAUUGCGUCGAGAAAAUUUCUAUGCUCCUCGAAGUCGGCAGAAUUUCAAUACAAGAGAAUUUGCACAACUUUACAAUCUUGGCCUUCCUGUUGCUGCUGUUUACUUUAAUAUAUAUUUGCACAACUUAUAUAAUAUAUCCAAGAAAUAA